AUGGAAGAUUUUGCCUAUGUGGACAAAAAUGUUUAUAUAAAUCUUCUCGUGACCAUUAUAAAUAAAUGCAAAGAAUACCUUCUAGGAGUAGGAAUUUUUAAGCUUGUCUUUUGCUUGUGCAUAGUGGUCAUUAGUAUUAUCUUUGCUCGUCGCAAAAACAAAAAGAAGAAAAAGGUCAACAUAUAUAUACAGAUAAAUAAUGUGCGCCACGGAAAUGAUAAGAAAACGGGCGAAAUAGGGGAAGACCAUAAAAAAUGUUGGGCGGCCAAUGAAGAUGCACAAAUAGUAGAACCCACCUUUCCCGAAGCGCGUGAACCCACAAAUGUAGAACAAUUGAAUAACGAAUUCUAUCACAUAACGUACAGCCCACAUAUAUUUGACCUAAAAAGUAUCAACAGAACCGAAUUGUGCAAUGUAUGCAACGAAAGCAUCUACUCAUUUAUUUUUUACAAAAAAGAUAUUUUCGAAUGCGUGGUUUGCAGAAAUAAGUGCCACAUAGAAUGCGCCCCCAACUCCAACUUGAUGAGCUGUAAAACGGCUGUGUUCUUCAAAAAUAAACACAAGUUUAUAAGAAUUAGGAACUGCAUGUGGAAUAAUAAAUGCAACAUUUGCAGUAAAAAAUUCUCCUACUUCUCCUUUCCCCCCUUUGCCAAACAGUACAUAUAUAAAUGCAUUUGGUGCAACAAAUAUUUUCAUGUCCACUGCAUAGCGAAAAUUGCCAAAAAAAAAAAACAAAUACAUGAUAAAAAAAAACAAGUCAAGGAUGCAGUUUGUAACUAUGGAAAUAACAAGUAUGUGCUUCUCCCGUACGAAGUUGCCAUUAAAGAAAACGUCCUUUUGGACUUCUUGAUGAAUGCCUACCACCGUGUGAACGAGACACAAAUGGGUAAUGAUGAACUGCUACUCAGCUACACUCCCCAUGCGUUGGAUGAUACCACCGGCGAUGAUGGAACGGAUGAGUUGAGCCCACAAGAAAGAAACGAAAAAGAGAAGAAGCUGGAUCAUGCGAAAGGAGGAAAGCUACCCCUUAUUGGCAAUCACACACCAACUGAACAACUCUGCCUCGAUUAUGUAAACCACUUCUCCAUGUUUAACAAGAUGAGAAAAUUUAAAUCAUUUCCCAAUUCUUCAAAAGCAAAAAAUAAUAUAAUCUCGGUGCAUGAAAACUUUCUUCUCAAUUUCUUCCCAAUCCAUUUGCCAAUCUAUGAAAUAAAAAGUAGUAGAAAAAUUCUCCUCAUUUUUCUAAAUGUAAAAAGUGGAGGGCAAGUUGGAAAAAAGCUCUACCAAGAAUUGCUCAUGUAUUUUAACCCCCUACAAAUCAUAAGUAUAAAAAGUGAAAAAAAUGUUUUAAAUGCCCUGAACAUGUAUAAGGAAAUGAUUUGGCUCAACAGAGUAAUCAUCCUUCUCUGUGGAGGAGACGGAACCAUAAGCAUCUUCAUCGACACGUUAUUAAAAUUUUUUGCAAAUGAAGUUGCCAUGGGUGCUUUGCAGGGAAAGAACAAGGGGAAAUACAGCGAACUGUAUUAUGGAAGUGAUAAAAAAAAUGAACAAUUUCUCUCCACGAAAAAUACAUUCCUAAAUAAAACCAUCAUGAACAUCACGGCAAAGUUGAAGCACAAUAAAGACGCACUUAGGAAGAAGUGGGCAAAUAAUAUCACCGCGCAAGCGAAAAAACCCACCACAUUUUUCCUAAAAAAGAGGACUGAGAAAAAUGCUACUGGACAAGAUGCAAACAAUUCCGGUGACCAUUGCCGUGACGAUGAGGGGAACAUAAGUGAGGAAAACGCAGAAACAUAUUUUGGGAAUGAAUCCUGCACCGCUCACGUGUGGGGAGAAAAUCAAAGUGAUCAGUUGGCGCCGAACCUAACGUCCAAGGUGAAAGGUGCAUUUGCAGGCGAUAGACGUAUCGACGAUCCUGCCGCCCUGAAUGGUGAAUUGAAGGGCGACUUAAUUAGCCAAUUAAGUGGCGAAAUAAUUGACGAUUUGCGGCAGCACCUGAGUAAUGAUUUGAAUAUUGACAGCAACAGCUGGAGCUCUGGGCGCAAUACCCCCAAGGAUAUGGACAAGGGGGGAACCGAAGCCAAGUGUGGAAACGGGAAGUACCUGUACAUCCUUGAAAAACUGAAGAACUUCAAAAAAAAAGGCCCAGAAAAGGAUGACGAUGCAGAAAACGAAGGAGAACUGUGUGAAGACGAAGCCUACAAGGGAAGCACGGUGAAAAGCUUCCAAAACGGAAACUCCAUGAUGGACAAGUACUACAAUGGUAACACAGUCAUAUAUAGUAAUUGCACACAGAAUAAUGAAGACCCAUAUUUUGAAUCUCGGAGGGGCAAGGAGAAUGAAAAAAUGUACGACAAUAUUCUUUACCAUGAUUAUAAGGAGAAUUCAAGCAGUUAUUUGCCAAUGAAAACCAAAUUAAAUGAAAAUUCGCCAUCGUAUUGUCAUGAGGCGAAUGGGGCGAUCCCAAAAAAGAAGGAAGAAAAUAAGCAACACUUUGGUAAUAGCACCAGUUUGAGCUACAGUAAUGGAAAUUCACUUAACAGCGGCAACGCUGAGUGUGAUGAUGGCACCCAAGUGUAUCUCUGCAAUGAGGACAAUGUGACACCCCACCAGGGUGGUUACCCGGGUGGUUACCCGGGUGGUUACCCGGGUGGUUACCAGGAUAAUUACCAAAGGGAUGUAAAAGGGAAGACAUCCCUGACCGAUGGAAUCCCCAACAUGGAAGCAGGAGAUCCAAAUCGAAGUGAUGAAGAUGUCAUCUUCCAAAUAGAUAAUGGUUACAAAGUUAUACGCUCAAAUGAAAAAAAAAAAAAUCGCCAAGGUGACGGCCAACGCUCUUGUGAACAAAAAGAAAUUACAAAUAAAAUUAUCAAAAGGGAAGAUAAAGAAAAGAAAUCGAACAAAAAUUCUCUCGAAUCUUACAUAGCAUGUGCACCUAUAGGUAUACUUCCCCUAGGUACAGGAAACGAUUUAAGUUACAGUCUAGGAUGGGGGUGUGGGUACAAUAACGACCCAUUGGUGUACUUAAACAAAAUGAAAAAUGCAAAAAACAAAUAUAUAGAUGUAUGGAAUAUGAAAGCAUAUGACCUAAACAACAAUAUCAUUCUAAACAAUAGCUUUAUAAACUAUUUCGACUUUGGAGUUAUCUCCAGAUUAGCUCUCCAUUUCGAUAAUAUAAGGAAAAAAUUUCCUCAUUUUUUUAAUAGCAGAAUUGGAAAUAAAAUACUCUAUGGAGAAGUAGGCUUUAGAGACUUCUGCUUCAAUACAUACAAAUAUAAGUUAAACAAAAAUAUAAAACUAUACUGUGAUGGAAAGAAGGUAAAAAUUGAUGAGGACAUAGAAAGUGUGUGCUUGAUAAACAUUCCCUACUUUCUUGGUGGAGUUAAAAUAUGGAAGGAUGAUGAUGAUGACAACACAGAUAAACAUUACCAUUCUGACAUGGAUAGACAGAAACAGGAACAUGUGAGAAGGAGGAGGACAAGUAAAAAGGAAAUGAAAGAGCAAGUGGAUGAAAACAAUUCAACCAACAGCUCCAGCAAUAGCAGCUUUAUUGCCUGCUCAAUGAAUGAUAAUUUACAAAAUGAAAAAAAUGGAAGAAUUUUUUCCAACAGUUUCGGGGAGGAAAAAAUUGGGCACACUUUUGAUGAUCAUAAAAAAAUGGCUAUGGCGGAAUUUAUAAAAAGUGCCACUUUAAAAAAUUCACCUGGGGAGGAUGUCAAUCCAUCCGAGUUUUUCCAAAAUGAAAAAACAAAUGGGAUUACAUCACCUUCACAGGGUGAUGGAGUGAAUCAUCCACAACAGGAGGAAAAAUCUUCCCCACCCACCAAUGAGCAAUCAUUCGACUAUAGCAACAUAUACAAAUCGUACAGACUUGACUUUUACAGACAAAAGAAAUGGAAGCAAAAGUAUCGAAAGCAGAAGAUGGAUGACAAAGUCAUUGAAGUCAUUGGGUUUCGAAAUAUGUUCCAUAUUCUUCAGGUGCAGAUUGGUAUGUCCAGUGCGAUAAAACUCUGCCAGGGGAGUGACAUCAAGGUAAAGAUUGACAAGACGUUUAUUCAAAAUAAAAACAAAAUUUACUUCCAGUACGAUGGAGAGCCUGGAUUUCUUAACAUCCAUAAGUUGCAUUUCACUCAUAAGUGUCAAUAUUUGUUUUUGUCUCCUAAGGACCCAAUUUGA